UUUACUGUAAAUUAAAACUUAAAUUUCAUAAUGUACAGUACUUUUUUAUUUUGUUUAAACAUGGACAAGUUCAAAUAUAUUCAAAUUAUUUUAUUCUGUUUCUUGAUGCUUAAAGGUAUUUCAUAUUUUUAAAAUCAACAAGGAAUAUGUGACUUAUUCCCUGCAAAACCAGAUCUAAUCACUGGACAUUUCUCACGAUUCAUACACAAAUGUCAAAUUGAAUAUAUAACAAUUUAGCUCCCUAAUAAUUCUAAAAAAUGAAAUGUUAUUUUUAAGAAUCGAGCACAAACCCUUUACAAAAUGAAAAAAAAUGUUCACCACCUACACGGGCGCAAAACGAACAAUUCCCUUACAUAGUGUUCCUUAGAACGCCUUCAAAUGGAGAAAUAUUAUGUCAAGGCACAUUGAUCGAUGUAAACUGGAUACUAACCUCUGCGCAUUGCCUUAAGACUGUAGACAACAUUCCAUUGAAUGGUAUAGAUAUUGCGAUGCGAAAUAAUAUAACUCAUGAAAUCAUUCUGAAGCCGAGAAAAGUGAUAAAAACAAAAUACAACGAUGUGGCAUUAAUUGAGAUGGAAAAAUCCAUUAUUGUCACUAAUAUGGUAGCGCCCAUCGAAUUGGCCACUGAAAAUCAACUUUCGAACAAUACUGAAUGCGUUGUGACCAGUUUUCAAAAACAGUCAAACAACGAUUUAUCACUCAUAUAUUGGAACGUGGUAAAUAUUUUAAAACAACCACAUGAUAAGAGCGAAUGGUACUUAGAAGACACGAUUUGUCAUUCACAAAUAUGGAAUUCAUUACAGAACAUAACCGAUAAUGGAACUCCUUUGGUCUGUAAUAAUCAUCUAUAUGGCAUAUACUCACUCAAUGAACCUAAGAUAUUUAAUAAUAUUUUGAAGUACACAAAUUGGAUCCAAAAUGUAAUCAGCCCAAUAACUUCAAAUAAAACGUCAGAAAAAUAUGCAAACAAUAUUGUAUUCGAUAAUAAUUUUUUAUCCGAUACAAAUUCUACGGCAACAGAAAACACAAUAAAAGCCUAUGAAGCUUCAGAAGCUACUGAAGAUACACCAACUUAUGGGACAACAGAGGAAACCGAAGAAACUUCAGGUAAACCAAGCUGUGAACCUUCUAUUCCUCAAUCUUCAACCACAGAGAAAUUAACUACACGUUCGAUUCCUUCGACAACUAUAACUGGAGAGACAGAGCUAACCAAAGAAACUGAAUAUACUGAAGAAACGGAAUCUACUGAGGAAACGGCAUAUACCGAAGAAACAGAAUAUACAGAAGAAACAGAAUAUACAGAAGAAACUGAAGAAACCUCGGAUAAACCUAGCUCUGAACCUUCUAUUCCUCAAUCUUCGACCACAGAGAAAUUUACUACAAGUUCGAUUCCUUCGACAACUAUAACUGGAGAAACAGAACAAACCAAAGAAACUGAAUAUACUGAAAAAACGGAAUCUACUGAGGAAACGGCAUAUACCGAAGAAACGGAAUCUACUGAAGAAACGGCAUAUACCGAAGAAACAGAAUCUACUGAGGAAACGGCGUAUACCGAAGAAACAGAAUAUACCGAAGAAACAGAAUCUACUGAGGAAACGGCGUAUACCGAAGAAACGGAAUAUACCGAAGAAACUGAAGAAACCUCGGAUAAACCUAGCUCUGAACCUUCUAUUCCUCAAUCUUCAACCACAGAGAAAUAUACUACAAGUUCGAUUCCUUCGACAACUAUAACUGGAGAAACAGAAGAAACCCAAGAAACUGAAUAUACUGAAGAAACGGAAUCUACUGAAGAAACUGCAUAUACCGAAGAAACGGAAUAUACUGAAGAAACGGAAUCUACUGAGGAAACGGCAUAUACCGAAGAAACGGAAUAUACUGACGAAACAGAAUACUCCGAAGAUAUUGAACCUGUUACUGAAUCUUCAACCACAAAAGUCACGGAAGACGAACCAUAUUCGGAAUUGCCUAUUACUACUCAAUCUCCCACAACGGCUAUAACUAAAAAACCAACAGCACCAGCAGAAACAGAAAGUACCCAGUUUUCAGAUCAACCCAGUACCAUAGACACUGAUAGAACUAAACCAACGUCAGAAACAAGCUUUACAUCAGAGACUUAUCACGAUACCACACCAAUAACUACAAUAAAUCCUACUUCUUCCACGAGUCAGUCAUCCAUAGAACCAAAUACAACUAUAUCCGAUUAUGGAUCAAAUACAACGACGACCGCUACGGACACCACAUCUACUACAACUGAGAUAAGCACUUCAGUAACAUAUGAAAUUUAUGACCCCAAAGAAACUACAACAUUUGUUGAUGAACAAUAUGAAGACAAAUCGAGUUCCCAAAUAAUAUCUAUUCAUACAAGUUUAAUAACAGUUGUAUUUUUUAUCGUAUAUCAUAUUAAUUUGUAAUUUAUCUAUACUUACUUGAUUACAAUGUGUGCAGAGCCUAAAAAAAUUCUUAAAAAUUUUAAAUUAGACAUUGGCAUUUCAAAAAAUCAAAUUCAAACAUAUUAUGAAUUAUUGAUUAUAAACAAAU